AUGCCUAGAGGAAGGAAAAUAUAAUAAAACUAUUUAUACUAAAUAAGUUAACAAUUUCAAAAGUUCAUAAUUAUUUACCAUGUUAACAAAAGGAAAUCCAAUUUCAAAGGAGACAAAAAUAAUGAAGCAAUUGUUUUUUAUGAAAAAUUUGGAUAAUUCUCACUACUAAAGAGAAAACUACAAAACAAUCAUUAGGGUGAAGAAAAAAUCAGUAAUGAAAAUAAACGAAUCUAAACCUAAAAAAAACAUAUAUAGAAAGCAAAUAAAGUUGAAUAUUAGUAAAUGAAUAAAAGUAAUAAGCUUUAAGAGAAACAAAAGUAAUUAUUAUACCAAUCAUCCCACAAGCAAUUUUCGGAUAACGAUACCUCAAAUGAUAGCGAAGAACAAUUCGAAGUUUAAUUACUUUGUAAAAAAUGCUAAAAAGGACCAUACAAGUCAUAGCACUCCUAUUAAUAGCACAUCAAGAAGUAUCAUUAAGGGAAAGAACUAAAGAUCACUAAAAUAAAUACAUUUUAAAAAGGAGGGAAUAAAAUAUGA